CCCAGAGUGUGUAAUGACAGCCAGGGACUAACAGUGUUGGACACCCUGAUGAUAUAUGCGGGAUAGAGGACACACAAAGAGGAGCCUCCUGUUUGGAUUCCUGCUUUUUGUCAUUUUUGGUGUUUUGGACUUUUUUUUUUUUAACCUUGUGGGCAGGAGAAGGGUGUGUUUAGUCCUGUGGUGUAACUGGAGCAUCCCAGCGAACAGUCACAGACACCAAACCCUCACCACAUCAGGAUCUUCAUGUGUCUCAGACAGCUUUGGACAGCUCAGUGGACAUGGACCGCCUAAACAGAAACAUCAUGCCAGAGUGUGGACGGCAAACACACCAGGUGUUACAGAGCACGCCAUUGGACCUGAUUGAGACUGGAAAAGGGCUGAAGUUCCAGGCAGAGCGCCCUCACCUGGUCAGCCUUGGAAGUGGACGAUUGAGUACAGCCAUCACCUUGCUUCCACUAUCUGAAGGCCGGACCACUCUGGGUCACGGUAACAUGGACAUCAACAUCCAAGGCCCUGGGGUUGCUGCGCAGCACUGUUACAUAGAGAACAAGUCAGGGAUGAUCACGCUGCACCCCUGUGGGAAUCUCUGCUCAGUUGAUGGGCUCCAGGUCACAAAGCCAGUCCGACUGUCACAAGGCUGCAUGCUGUGUUUUGGCCAGUCAGCCUUCUUUCGCUUUAACCACCCUGAAGAAGCCAUCAGGAUGAAGAGCAUGAUGCCGCAUGGAGGAAGCAUCUCCACCGGGGACUACAGACUUUGUGCAGACACGGAGAGCUUGGUCAAUGGGAAUCACCAGGCUGGUCCAGCCCAGUCUCCCCCAGCUCAUGGAGAAAAGGUCCAGUCUGAGCACAGCGCCAUUGUCAGCUCCAUUGAGAAGGACCUCCAGGAUAUCAUGGACUCUCUAGUCAUGGACGACCCACAGCCGUCCUCCUCAGAGGGCAAAAAGCCUCAAGGAGGACAACCAGUCCCCCACUCCCCCCUCUCCCCCAUGGUAAAUGGAGGGGGCCGCUAUCUUCUCUCCCCUCCAACCAGCCCGGGAGCCAUGUCUGUGGGGUCCAGCUAUGAGAAUACCUCCCCUCCUUUCUCCCCCCUUUCCUCCCCCUCAGCGGCCAGCAGUGGGAGCUUCACCAGCCCCUCUCCGAGUGGACCCCAGGACCAGAGUUCCUCUCUGCCACCAGUGCCUGUCCGCUCAUCUAGCUACAACUUCACCACCCAGCCUCCACCCAUACCGCAGCCACGGACCAUACUGCCCAACUUCAGCGGUGGUGGGUUGAAGGUUCAGGAAAGCCCCCGGCUACAGAGGAAAGUCCUGACAGAGGCUCCUCCGAGCCCCAAGCCAAGCCGCCGAGGAUUAAGCCAAGAUGGGUCAGAGAGCCCCAGACAAACCCCUCUCCUGUCCUCCAGUGAAUCUCUCAGUGGAAGAAACGCCGUGCCAAGUAGUCCCAGGCUCACUCCCAAAUUCCCCUCCUGUCCUUCUCCAUCCCCUUCCAGUCCCAGGACCAAGACCACCACAGUGCUCCAGGAGAGACCUGCCAGCCCAUUCAGGGAGCAGACCGGCCUAGCUGAUUGCCUGCUGUCCUCCAGCCCAUCCAGGCAGCUGUCCCAGCCCACCAGAGCCUUCCAGCCCCCCCUUGACCCCAUCGUCCACAUUAUCCAAGGGUCCCCGCUCCAACAGCAUCCACGGUCUCUUCAGCCCCCUGAGAGCCCUCGCCUGGCCAGGAGGAAUCUGGAACUAAACGGCAGCAAUGGAGGGGGCAGCAGUAUGAGAGAACUGCCUCCUCUUAGCCCCUCCCUGGCACGGAGGGGGGUCCCAGUACUACCAGGUGCUCUCCCAGGGACAAUACCCACCUUGAGGACACCUGAUAGCCCCUCAGGUUUGAGCAAGUUUGUUCCAGAGAGUCCAAGGCUUAGGCGCAAGUCUGGAUCCACAUCUGAGGAGCCGAUGUGCAGCAGGGGGAUCCGGGCCCGCAGCCCCUCGCCAACCUCCAUGCUGAUGGAGGGUGGGAGCAGUAGUGCAGGGGUCAGAAAGGCUAGCUUUGGGAAUGCUUUAUCACCUGCUUACAGUCUGGGCUCCUUGCCCGGCUCCUCCCCAGUGUCCAGUCCCAGAACUCACAGGAAGAUGUCGGCAGGGAGACCCCAGAUGAGGGAGAGGAAGAACAGCAUCUCAGAAAUCAGUGACAAUGAGGACGAACUGCUGGAGUACCACAGGCGGCAGAGAGAGGAGCGGCUCCGAGAGCAGGAGAUGGAGAGACUGGAGAGACAGCGGCUGGAGACCAUCCUGAAUCUCUGUGCUGAGUACAACAAAGGAGAGAGCAGCAGCCUGGACCCUCUGGGCUCAGCAAGGUCUGGUUUCCCUGGUGGGUUGACGGAUGGCUUAGUGCGUAGACCGUCCCUUGAAAACGUCCUAGGUGGAACGCCGUCCCCGGCCCUGCUCCGCCUUGCACAGAGACAGAGAGAGAGCGACGAGGAGAACCUGAAGGAGGAAUGUAGUAGCACAGAGAGCACCCAUCAGGAGGUGAGGACGUCUCCUGCUCCCAGCACAGCCUCAGCACUGCACAAUGGCGACAGACAGCAUGAGGACUCCUCCAGUUCAGGCAGCGCUAGUCGCCUGGAGCUUGGCUACCUGGAAGACGAGCGGGUUCGCGUUCUUGCACGGAUUGAUGAGCUCAAAACCCGGCUUACAGAGCUGGAGCAGCAGCUGCAGGAGUCCAAACAAGAGGCAGAGAUGGAGCGUGCGUUGCUGCAGGGCGAGAGGCAGGCGGAGCUCGAUCAGAUCGAGGCUGAAACGGACAUCAUCGCUCAGCUGCAGCACAAGCUAGACGAGCUGGAGAGCGCCAUCCAGAGGGAGAAAGACAAGGAGAGGGCUAAUGUUGAGGCCGAGCGGCGGGCCCUGCAGAGCCUCCAGGAGGGCUACGCUGAGCUGAAGAACCAGCUUCAUAACUGUCCCGAGUCGCUGCGGGAACAGUUACAGGAACAGCUCAAAAGGGACGGAGAGGCGCUGGAAGCAGGCACCAAAAAGUUUGAGGACCUGGAGUUUCAGCAGCUGGAGAGGGAGAGCAGUCUGGAGGAGGAGCGAGAAACCAUGAGCCAGCAGCUGCUGCAGGAAAGAGCCGAGUAUCAUAGCAGUGUGGCUAAAAGAAAGGAGAAGGUGUCUGCUCUGGAGAACCAGGCCAAUCAGCUCAGUCUGCAGGCGACUCAGGAGUGUGAGCGGUUGGCCAAAGACAGGACCCUCACAGUGCAAAUGCUCCAGAAGGAGAAGGAGAGGCUGUCUGCCUUGGAGAAGAGAUACCACAGUCUCACGGGUGGAAAAAGCUUCCCGAAGUCCUCCUCUGCCAUGAGAGAGGGAGUGCUCCAUAUCAGCGAGGUCGACCUAUUGUUUGAGGAUGUCCACUCCUCCCAGCAUUCCCUCUGUCGAGCCUCUCCUUCCUACUUACAUCCCUCCCCUACCUGUCAGUUGUACCCCAGCAGCCCUACGGAGGAGUACAUGAAGCUAUCGGAUGUCUAUAAGAUGAACGGCAGCAGCGGACGCCGUGACAGCAGCACGCCUUCCUCUCACAGCUGCUCAAUUGCUGUAGAUGCUGCGUUAGCUGGCGAGGAGUAUGUGACAGUGGGACAGUUAAAUCAGAUGUACGGGAUGCCAAAAGUGGAGUCGUCCCCUACUUCACCACUUCGCCAGCCCCUGCAGCCUGGAGCAGUAGACCCCGCCUUCUCCUGCCUCCCCUCUCCUCAUGGCUCCUCCCCCUCUCUCUCUAUGGAGUACCAGCCUGAGUGCAGCAGGUCUCACCUGCCUAAGCUAGAUUUAGAGCAGUGGUACCAGGAGCUGAUGGCUGGCUCAAGCUCGCUCUGUCCUCCCCCACUGCCAGCCAAGUCUCAGUCGGCUCGCCGGCCUGUGCUGCAGGUGUUUCGCUCUAAACUGGACAGCGACCCGGGUCUGUCCCUCCAUCAGCCAAAAUCCGGCUCUUCCUCCCCCCUGCAGCACGGAGCAGCAACACUAGGGCGAAACACAAGCUCCAAGAGCCCCCUUCUGGCGGCCAACAGCACCGGCAGUCUGCCGAGGAACCUGGCAGCAACGCUGCAGGACAUCGAGACCAAGAGACAGCUUGCUCUUCAGCAGAAAGAGCCCAUGACCUGCACACAGAACACCAGAGAGGCAAGAUCAGCAGGUCAGCAGGUCAUUGAGGAGCAGCGUCGUCGUCUGGCUGAGCUCAAACAGCGAGCGGCGGCAGAGGCUCAGUGUCAGUGGGAGGCGCUACACGGCUCUCAGACCCACCUCAUGACUUCUUCCUCCUCGUCGCCCUCUUACUCCCCAAUCAUGUCCUACAGCCCCGCACUGAGUCACAGCUCAGUUGGACCUCUGCCACUGGUUCACCACUCCAUCCUGCACCACCAGCCCCCGUCAGCUGGAGAGCAGCCGUAUGACACGCUGAGCCUGGAGAGCUCUGACAGUAUGGACACCAGCGUGUCGACAGGGAACAACUCUGCCUGCUCGCCAGAUAACAUGUCUAGUGCCGGAGGAGUAGAUGCGCUGAAGAUCGAAGAGAUGGAGAAGAUGCUGAAGGAGGCGCAGCUGGAGAAAGCCAGACUUAUUGAGUCGAGGGAGCGAGAGAGCCUGGCUCGCCGUCAGAUGCUGGAAGAGGAGAGGAGGAGGAGGGAGGAGGCUGAGAAGAGACUACAGGAUGAAACUUUCCACCGGCAGCAGCUUGUGGAGAAGGAGGUCAAGAUGAGGGCCAAGAACUUUUCUCAGGCCCGUCCAAUGACUCGCUACCUGCCCAUCCGUAAGGAGGAAUUCGACCUGCGCUCCCAUGUGGAGUCGUCGGGUCACAGCGUGGACACCUGCUACCACGUCAUCCUCACAGAGAAGAUGUGUAAGGGCUACCUGGUGAAGAUGGGAGGAAAAAUCAAGUCCUGGAAGAAACGCUGGUUCGUCUUUGACCGCCUUAAGAGGACCUUCUCCUACUAUGUUGACAAACAUGAGACCAAGCUGAAGGGUGUGAUUUACUUCCAGGCGAUAGAAGAGGUCUAUUAUGAUCACCUCCGCAGUGCCACGAAGAAGGGAUUUUUCAACUUGAAUAUCAGUAGUCCAAACCCCUCUCUGACCUUCUGUGUAAAGACCCACGACCGGCUCUACUACAUGGUGGCUCCGUCAGCGGAGGCCAUGAGAAUCUGGAUGGAUGUGAUCGUCACAGGAGCGGAGGGAUACACACAGUUCAUGAACUGAGAGACACGCAGACAGAACGGCGCAGGUGAUGAGCAGAUAGUUUCGGCAGGGACUCUCUCUCCUCACAGACUCUACAGGCCACCUCCUGUUUCCAGUCCACAGCGGACACAACGCCUUCUUUGUUACUUUUUAAUCUCACUCCUUGAUUUUGUAGAUGUUUUCACCUCCACGUUUUCUACCUGGUUCUGUUCGGAUUAAAAAAGGGAGCCCAAGGAGGACACACACUUACAUACACCUGUAUAUAAACCAAAAUGUAUACCUGUCAAAGACGGUAAAAGAAGCCUUUCUAUAUUGCCAAAUGGAGAUCUUGUAGUUACUGUUUAUUGAAACUUUUGUAUUAUUUUUCUUUCUUCUUUUUUUUCUUUUUUUUUUUUUUAACUUUUAGAGAAAAUUGCCAAAUGAUGAUAUGCCAAUGUUUUGUUUGUGUUUCACCAUGAUCAGUUAAGACAGAGAAGUCUUCAAUCAAAGGGUGUGAUCUUUAGGAAAUAUAUCUGAAAGAAUAUGUUUAAACAUACUUGAGUCAAUGAGAAAUAACAAGUUAGUAAACAGGGACUGGAGAUAUUUAAGAUUUCAGCGCGCUUGUUUUUAGCAGUGAAACAUCACUUCAUCUUAUUUCACAGGUCACUUCACCACUGUGCUGCUCUGAGAAUAAACACUAAAACAAGUGUAGCAUUUACAGCACAUAGAGGCACCCAGAGCUGUGUGCUCAUCAUAUCACUUCACACAGGCUUACCAAAGUAUUUGGAGGUAUUUUGUCGAGGCUUUGAUCCACCUUAGCUCAGGAGUCCACUUUGCAGGUCUCACUAUGGUUCGACCACUACAGGCUUUGUAAAGAAAGUUCUCAUUCUAGUGUUCGAGCUGCUAACAAAUUUGGAUGUUUCCUCAAUUUAAUGAAACACAAAUGGCUAAAUCAUUUUGGAUGUAAAAAUCAGCCCCACUCUUAAAUUUUUAUAAACCAGAUCCAAUUCUUUAAAAGUGAUCUGAUGAGAUUAAAGCUAUCAGAUUAGAUCAAAUCCUUCAGUUAAGUUGUAAAACAAGUACGAAAUCUGGGGGGGGUUAUCCAGUUUUGUGCUUCAAAAUCUCGAUUUAAAAAAAAUAUAUAUUAUUAUUAUGAUCCUGUGAUUAAUUUUGUGGAUUUCAUCUUUAAUUUUGAUUAAAAGAUUAAUCCAUAACAUUAGCAGGAAGUCUAUCUGAAUGACAUCCAACAAGCAAAAGUGAAGCCUGUUUAUUGGUCUAAUCAUAGCUGCAGUGCCCUAAUUGUAUGUGUGAAAAUGUCAAACCCUGUCUUUGUGACGCCUUCAUGUUGCCAGCUAAAGGUGCAAAGAAAAAAAAAGCAAAGACAAAAAGCUCACCUUUUUGCCAAGUAGCCUUUAGUUUACUUGAUGAUGCUACAACAGCUGGAGAGCAGCCAUCAUCACUGCCAGCCUUUAAAAAAAAAAAAAAAAAAAACACUAGAGGGCGCUACAGAGACCACACCCACACAGGACCUCACAGGAGGGGAAAAAACAGACUAAUGCAAUUCAGAACUGUGCCUUGACUAAGUGUUGUUAUUGAUGCCGUGUCUGUGAGUCCAGCACAGGCUCACUGAAGGCUACAAAUGGUAUGAAUGCAUUUAUGUGUUCCUGAGCUCUAAUGCUGUGUGUGGUCAGAUUUGCAUGAGGUUUUGGAACACAUUAAAGGGACAUUUGCCUUUAGUAUCAUUACAGGCAGAGAUUCAAAGGCACUGAGCACAGUGGGGAUCAGCUAGUUUACUUUUAAUGUUUGGGGUAAAAAAUAUUGUGUAAAAAUAAGUAUGUUAUUGAAAAACAACUUUUUAGAAAUCCUGAAGCUCUGGAGGAUCUGAUAGUGUCAGAGGGCAUAACUUUUAGGUAGAGUUGUAUGAUAAGGACUCAAAAGAUUAAUUUAAACUUUGUCCAUAGCACCUCAGUUUUUAGUUUUAUUUUGUGCAUUGUUUCAGCAAUGUUAUCUGCCCAUGUCUUUGCAACACUGACAUUAUUUUUGUUGUGACAAACACAUUUAACAGUGGCUUGCUCUAGCUCAGGCAACCGAGAAACUACUAUUUCCAUAAAUAAAGGAGACUUUUAUUGAGAAUAUACUCCUUGUUUUUGGCCAGUGCUUGAAAAAGCCAUCAUUUCCAAGGGGAACCUGAAUGUUACUGAGAGUUUUGAUGGCAGAUCAGAGGAGCUUAUAAAAUUGUGCAAUUCUGAAAUUAUUAGGAAAAGAGAAAAUAUUAAAUCCUAUUGAAAACAUGAAAUUAAAAUAAUACACACGAUCUUGCAACCAGUGCAUCAAUGACUAUAGCCUCUGUAUAUGGGCGCCUGCCCUACUUGUGUUAUUCAAAUAAGUGCUGCACUGCCACAUUAAUGUAAUUUGAGACAAUGACUUAUAAGUAGGAGAGAAAUUCAAAGUGAAUCAUCUGUGAAAUAGAUAUAGAAAUUUGCAGGAGUGCAUGUACAAAAUGACUCACCACCAUCCAGCUAGUAUUUGUUAUGCUUUUACUUUUUUUAAUUUCUGCCAUCUUAAACUAUUUUCUUCCUGUAUGGAUUAAAGCCCUUAUGAAAUAAAAUAAGCAAGCUUUGGUAGAUUGUAAGUAACAACAUUGGCUUAACCUAAGGAAACAAAAAGAACUCGCUACAGAUAGAAAAGUAAAAGAAGUAGCUAGAAGGAAUGGCCAUUGCUUGAAAUGUUUGAAAUCCAAGGCUUAGAUUAAUUUUGACUUAAAGGUUACAUAUUAUGUAAAAUACACUUUUUCAGGCUUUUCUAACAAAAAUAUGUGCCCCUGGCCUGUCCACAAUCCCCCCAAGAAUCAGAAAAAUGUGACAGACAUGUGUAUAGCUUGACCCCCACCCCUCAGCCCUGGGUUUUGGUCAUGAAUCCUUAGCAGAAUUUUUCAUAUAUCACAUCCUCCAGGGCUUCAUUUCUGACUUUUUGUUGACCAGAAUUUGCAAUAUUUUAAUUCUUGGGAUGUACCUUUAAAUCUCUAGCAUUUUGAUAAUCAGAGGACUGAAUAAAUUCUCUUAAAGUCAAACCUAGAAGCAGAUUAUGCAAGCUGAAAAGGCUUAAACUCUGAGAACAAUCCCUUGUAAUUUGUACCUUUAAUGAUGAAGACUUCACUUUGUCAUGUCUUGGUUUGCUAACGCCUGUUUGCAAAAGAUUUGCUUUACCAAAUUAAGAAAUAUUGUGAUGUCCUGCUGUGAUUGAAAUCCCCACUGUGAUCUGAGGCCUGCAUGCAUGAGAACAGAUAAAGAUAUUUUCUGCACUAACAGACUUUAUCUGACCGGGCUCUCUUGGCCUCUUUAUCGUGAAGUAUUGAUCAUCAUCACAUUGUGAAUCUAUUGAUCGGUAUGUAGGUAACAGAUGCAGGAUGCUGUUUCUGUGUUUUGUUUUGUAGGAGCAGAGGAGGAGUUACGCUGUGAUUUUUGGAGCAUGUGGAACUGUUGUUUAGUUUCAUGUGUUGGUACAGUGAUGAUGAUAAUUUAUGGUUGUGGUGCCUGAGAUCGUGACACGUUUACUUCUUAAAAAAGAAAAAAAAAGAAGACAACUAGUGAAAGACCUUAAUAUAUUCUGUCUCCUUGCCUUUAUUUCUCUGCACAGUGUGCAAACCAAACUAUUCAACACUGGCAAGGCUGUUAAAUCAUGUCUGUUGAUAGUAGGUGGUGUAUACAUUACUGUUAUUAUCUAUGUUAAAAAGAAAGGAAACUUAAUAUACUGUAAAAAGGAUGCCUGAAUGAAAAAAUAUUACUAUUGAAAUCAAACAGUAUUGUAUGAAAAGAAAUACAGUUUUUACUUAUUUUUGUCAUUUUAGAAAUUUUAUUGUCAGCCAGUUACAAAUUGUACAGUAGUCAUGUCAAUCUACCUUUUUUUUUUACUGGUACAGCAGAACACAGAUUUGCACACACAGAAUAUCUCACACAGCACUCAUCAAACUUUGAUUUUUUCUAGAAAGUAGAUCCUGAUUCACGCAAACACGUUCACAUCAAUACUCGGACCAUACUGUGUUAUUGGUACCCUGUGUGUCUCAUGUGUUACACAUAUGAAUGACAUAGAUUUUGUUGAAUCUAUUAAAAAUCAACUGUAACAAGAUGUUGGCUUUUUUUUUCAAUCUGCAGGUUUUAAUUUGAAAGUUCCAGUGUAAAGAAGAGACAGCAUUUAUUUCUGAAUGUCCACUGAUUAUUGACGAACAUUCACAUGUGGAUAGAUUAAAUCAAGAACAAUCAACAGUUGAGACCCCAUCCUAACAGAAGUUGUCAUGUAAACCAGUGGUUCUUAACUGGUGGGUCACGACCCAAAUAUGGGUUGCGGAGCAGUUUUCAGUUGGUCACAAAUGUGUCUGGAAAAAAUGGUGGCAAAAGUCUGAAGAAGAACAUGCAACCAUACUGGUUAUUUUACUCUGUUUUAUUGUGAUCAUGGGUAAAUGCAAAUGUUUCAUCAGUAUUUCAACUCAUUUAUCUCCUUUUCUUGUGAGAAAAGAGGGGCUUUUACCAUGUUAAUGAAGUACCUUCUCAAGAUCUCUGCAAAAUUGGCUCAAAUUUACACAUCAUCAUGGGUAAAGGGGAGUAUAAAACAUGCCAGUUUUGUCCUGCCUCAUGUUCCUGUCAUAAAUUCUGUUCCAUCCAAGACCAAGUGCAACAUUUUUAUAUACUAAAUGUGCAUUGUUAAAAUUUUUUGGAGUUUUGGGUCGUGAUUUGUCAUCAUAGGUAUUGGUGGGUCCUGAAGCUAGACCAGCUGAGAAACACUGAUGUGAACAACAGAGAGAGACGUAAUGAAACAGCCAGACACAACAUCUGACUGGAGGAAAUAUCCAUCUGUGAUUCAAAUAAUCAUGAAGUAAAGUCAGAGGCAUCAUCAGGAGGGGGUGGAGGAGAGCUUUAAAGUGGAGGAGGUGGAGGUGGAGGAGUAGUUGUACGUCGAGGUGGAGGCGGAGGAGGAGGAGUAGUUGUACGUGGAGGUGGAGGAGGAGGUGUAGUUGUAAGUGGAGGU